AACUUGUCCAAUCAGCUCACAGAAAAGCUUCCCGAGUGAUGGUCUCUGCUACCCCCGAAAGAAGAAAAAUGCGCGCGGAAUGGUGAACCGCCCAUACAAAAGCUAAAAGGGACCCGGAGCCCGAGAUCUCGCCGGCCUUGGCCCGUUCACCGCUGUCUAUAAGGAGCUCCAGGCGCUAGCUCCUCGCUGCUCUCGAGCCCCAGCGCCAAGUCACCCUUGUACCAGCCAGGUACAACACCUAUUCACAGUCGCUGCUGCCUCUACCGUCGAGAAAUCCUACAUUUUACAAUUAUUUAUUGCAUUUUUAAUCAUUUCCUAUUGCAGAGCGCUUGUGGAUGGACACCCAGUCUUCAGCUAGUCGCACGUCGUCUUCUUCGGAUACGACACCCUCCAAAAAGCGCAGAGCGACGACUGGAGCCUCGAACCAAGGGCUCGGAGUCGCCGUACCAGCGAGGACCGAGCCUCAGAGGAAACGGAGCGGCCUGCCGCUGCUACUGUGUACUCCAGGGGCUGAGAAUCCUAUUCUGGCCGCAUUGGGAGGCACUCCACGCUCUCAAGUAGCCGUGGCCAACGGAUUUCCAGAGCCAGAGCCACUGGAUCUGUCCCAGUGCAGCGCGGUAACGUCCAUGGACAGCGUGAAAGAGGAAAAGGUGGAGGAGACACGAAUGAAGGAGGAGAAGAGGGAUAUAUUAGUGAAAGAGGAAAAGGUCAACGUCAUGGACCUCAAGCAGGAGCACAAGCCUCACACUGUCAAGACGGAGAGUGCUGGAGUAGAGACCAAGUACAGAGUUGACGCAGCUCCGUUUGUUGGUAAGAGGAAACGGGAGGAUGAGAGUGAUGAAGACAAGACGACGGACUUUGUGGCUUAUGCUAGGGAACACAUUCACAGCCAGGAAGCAGGCGAGGAGGGAUUCUCGAUCGAUCCGUCCGAACGUGCAGUGGAGCAUCGUGCUAGUAAAGUGGUGCGUCGAGAGAUAUUGAUUGCGUCUCCUGCAGCCAAUGACGACGAAGACUGGGAAGGAAAUGCUCCUCUUGAAGUGAAAAUGGAGGAGGUGGAAGCUGUGCUGACUCCCUCCGAGCACUUCGACCUGCAGCCUAUCGACAUCAUUUUACACGUGUUCUCCUUCUUAGUGACGGCGAAGGAUCUGGAGAACAUGGCGCAAGUGUCGAAGAAGUGGAAAGAGCUGACCAGUCGACGUUCGUUGUACCGAUCACUUCCGAGUGUGACUCCGGAAGGCUCCGUGAACUGGAUUAAUUUCAAGAACUUGGGUAUCAAGAACAAGGGGACCGAGGGCACCUGCAUCAAGUGCUGCCAGCGCUCGACUGGCAAGAUCUUGGCUAUGAAGAAGGCCAGAGUAUUCCCCAAGGGAGAAGGAGUGCCUUACUACAUGCUUCGAGAGUUGGCUGUUCUGAAGGGGAUCAAGCACGACCACAUUGCGUCUCUCGAACUCAUUAGCCUCGCCAAAGACGAGCUCCACGUAUUUUUCCCGUAUGUGGACAAAACCCUACAUGAAAUUAUUAAUCCAUCGGGCGAUCCCAAUGGAGGUCGUGUAUUGCCGGAAGCUGUGAUUCGUAAGCUUCUUCACCAACUUCUGGAUGCCAUCGCAUACUGCCAUCGCCGUGGCGUGUUGCACCGCAACCUUAAGCCGAAGCAUUUGCUUAUCAAGACGUCAGACACAGAGAACCUCAGUGAUGCGACGCUGCAGAUCUCCGACUUUGCGCUAGUGCGAGCAACAGGAAUCCCUCGCCGAACUUACACAAUGGAGGUAGUGACGCUGUGGUACCGUCCGCCGGAAAUCUUGAUGGGAGUGCGCGGCUACUCCUCAGCAGUGGAUAUCUGGUCUGUAGGCUGCAUCUUCGCUGAGAUGGCCCAAGGCAAGCCCCUCUUCACAGGCAUUUCAGAGAUUGAUCAGCUAUUCCAGAUCUUCAGCAAGUUAUCGACGCCCACAUCCGAAACGUGGCCGGGCUUCUCGUCUUUGCCGAACUAUCACUUCGAGUUCCCGCACUGGAAGCGUCGACCGUUGAAUCGCCUGUUCCCGGGGAUCUCAGAUCUUGGCAUCGACCUGCUGACAAAACUGCUCGUAUACAACCCCGACCAGCGAAUUACAGCAGAAGACGCGCUUCGCCACCCGUAUUUCUCCAGUGAAGCGCCCUCGUUCUUACCAUUGACACCAAAGAUUCCCAUGGACCAAAUGUGCUACACGAUGAGCCGCGCACGGAUCGGACCUACGCCUGAGCAUGUGGAACUCUUCCAUGCUUAUCUGCGCCAGACAGAGCUAGACUCAUGGAAAGAGAUCAAGUACUUGAGCCGACAGAAAACGCUCCGACCCGCCCACCGAUCAAUGCUUGUCGACUGGCUAAUUGAAGGUAAGUGCCGCUGGUCUAUGCUCAUUGUUGUUCAGCGUAUGAAUAAUUUUUUUUUGUGCUUUCCUAGUCGUGGACGUGUUCGAGAUGUGCCUGCGAACCGCCUUCUUGGCAGUGAAUUACACCGAUCGCUACCUGGAUAUCGUCAUGGUAAAAAAGACGCAAUUCCAACUACUUGGAGCGACAUGUCUGCACGUCGCGUCCAAGUGUGAAGAUGUUUCCUACAUCGGAGUGGAGGAUCUCGCGAUGUGCGCUGACAACGUGUACACGUCCGUGGAGGUGUUGGAGAUGGAAGAAAAACUGUUGAACACCCUCAACUUUACGCUUUCGGUGCCCACUGCGCUGGAUUUCCUGAAUAUCUACGAACGUAUGAUCCCUCCUAUCCAGAAGAAGACGUCCAUGUUGGCACAUUACUUGCUCGAGCUGGCGCUGCAAGAGUACCAGUUUUUGAAGUAUUUGCCGUCAGUUGUGGCUGCGUGCUGCCUGUCGAUGGCGAUGUACACGAUGGACGGGUUCCCAAUGACGAAGGAACUGGUGGAUGCGUGCCAGUACAACUGGUCGGACCUGAAGGAGUGUAUGGGAGAGCUUCAAACGCUGUACUCUAACUCGCCGUCGAACAACCUGGCGGUGAUCAAGAAGCGCUACUCGAAGGCUGAGCGGUGCCAGGUGGCAAAUGUACUCCCGCCAACGUCGUUCAGUAUGGCAUUUUAGUUGGUCUAGUCUGUAUUUGUGGGCUACAUAUUUAGAGCUCGGUCUCUAGGUGAGUGAACUACCUCCGCUGCUGGCAUACUAAGUAUCCAGGGAGCGACUACGUGCUCGUCCAAACCUUCAGACAACGAGGAAACUACAACUUAUCAAAGGCAGAAUACAAGCGAGCACUUCACGAGUUUCAACAUUGCAGAAAAAAAAAAAGAAAAAUCUUGUGGGAACCUGUUCACCAACGUUCACAACGUAGCGUGUUUUCGGUGUUCAUCCGGUGACUUUCUCGUCUUCUUCACUAACUUUGUUGUCAACUGCAUCAACUGCUUCGGAUGAUGUGGCAUCGUCCUCAUGGUCAACUUCAGU